AUGUUCAAGAAGAUUCGUCACACGUUGAUGUGCUUUCCAAGGAGCUCCUGCAAUUGUGACAGUGACACUGACAGUGAUACUUCGGAGCCCCAACCUAACCGCCUACGGAAAAGGCCACUAGAACUUGCCCGGCGCCAAUCAGUUCCGAGAAAUGUAGUCAGAAUCCCUUCUCCAGUUGAGCCCAAAGCCGGCGGUGAAGGUGGUGAGGGUUAUGAAGAUGAAGCUGAGAACGGAGGUGAAGACGGCAAUGAAGAUCAAGACGGCGACAGAGAUGAGGAUAUAAGCGAAGAUUAUGUUCCUCUAAGUCCCACACCUAGCGAGGUUGAAGUUUCUCACACAGGCAUAACACCUGCGAUGAGUGAGACAAAUAUCAACGAUGAGUCUUCGUCUGAUGAAUAUUAUUCAAGCACUCGCCAUACAAACAGACCACCCCAGGUAAGUGAUACCCAUUUUAUCAGGUCUUCAUCUGGUGAUGAGGUUUCUUCCGUCUCAGCUGCCAAUGUACAUACAGGCAUAACUCCUGAGAUGAGUGAUACCGGCCUUAGUGACUCCCAAUAUUACUCACUCCCAGAUUCGAGGGGAAGCUCUCUUCCGGAAAGUACGCUUUUUGCAGGUGAAUACAAUACCGAUGAGGACUAUAAUGGAGCUGACGACGACAGUCUCGAUCUGAAUCGGUCCGAUGAUCAAGAAAUGUACGACGAUUCGGUAGAGCCCGAAGAAUCUGAAUCUUCUGACCAAGAAUGGUUGAGCGACUCUAGCGAUAGGAGGCGCCGACGUUCUAUAGACAGUCAAGCUCGGGCUGAUGCUGAGCACAGGGGUCUUUCUGGAUCCAGGGGCAGUAGCGGUAGUAGCAAGCGCCAGCGUCUUGCAGGUUCAUCCGACAUCGCAAGCGGGAGAGUAAAAACCGGCAUCGAACCGACCGUCGAGGACAUUACCAGGUAUAGAAAUAUAGGAGCACAAUACCAAGCAUGGAUAGACGACCCCGAGGAGCCAGGGUGCCGAAUUCAACCUGCAACAUUAACUAUAGAGGAACUGACUGAUGGAGCGCAACAAAUGCCUUGGACAAUCGAUGAAUCUUACUUCACCGUUGAGCCUAUGGCACUAGAAGGCGGCGACGUUGAAUCGAUGAAUAUUGCUCGCGGUGGUCCACGAUAUCGCUAUACACACAUCCGAAGGGAUCCGGGGCCAAACUCGCUCGACGCUAACGAAUUUGAACAUCGAGUUGCUCGUGGUGUGCUUGUUGCGGAGAGACUUUCUAGGGAAGAUGGUCCUCAUUGGAAUGAGAUUGCUCGGGCUCAAUACUUGCUUGAUUUCAACUUGCUAACUCUGAGGCAUGUUUUGUUUACUGAUAUCGGUAAUGAUCAAACAGCUCCAUAUAUACGCCACGAACUUUAUCCUAGAAGGUUUGGUAUUGAGUGGUCAGAGGCAAGAGACGUUGACUGUAUGGUAUUUAAGCACGGUAGUGCUGAAUACCAAGAGCUCCUCGGUACAAAGUUGGGUAAAGGCGUUGCCUGUCUUAUCCUUUCGUCAUUUCCUAGGGGCACAAUGAAGAUUACUCGCAUUGUCACUUGGUCAAAUGCGACCUUACCGCAGAUGAGAUUUGAGAUUGAACCUGUUAUAGCUGCGCCUAUUGCCGUGGGCACAGCUGCAUGA